AUGACCAUUCAAAAUAUCUUGAAUUUAGUAGACUCUUUUAAAAUCUUAUUAAUGAAUGAGUAUGAUGCUGUGAGAUUGUAUCAUUUUAAACAAAUUUUUAUUGCUUCAAAUAAAUUUAAUGAUAUAGUAAAUAAUUAUUCUCCAGCUGAUUAUUCUCCUACAAAACUGGUAUGGUGUAAUGAGUUUGUUAUCCAAUUAAAUGAAUUGCUUGCAUUUUUAAUAUAA